CUCACGGUUGCGGACAAACGUUCGACCUCUAGUAUGGUUUGACAUUGGCCAAGAUGUUCACAUUGUCAGGGGCCACUCUCUGGACUCAUCUUUCAUUCCUAGUUCUCGCCAUUUUUCUAAUUUUCGUGUUUAUUACCGGAGUCCUUCAAGAGAUCAAAACAAACCGCGUUUUACCCAUUGAAGGCAUUGACUUCCCGGACUUUGGCUACUAUAAUGUAAAUUUUAUACAAAACAUUCCCGACAAUCUACUUCCCUUAGAUGAUAGAGGGAACCGAAUAAUUGCAAUUGGCGACAUACAUGGCAUGUAUCGCUCAUUGACGGAUUUACUUGACGAAAUACGUUACGACUCGGAAAGAGAUCUGCUUGUUCACGUUGGGGACCUGGAAACGAGGGCGACUACUCACGAGUCCAUCGACGUAUUGACGUUCAUGUCAACCAACAGAAUUUUAGGCGUCAGAGGAAACAAUGACCAAAAAGUGAUCGAAUGGCGCGCUUGGAUGAACUGGAUACUAUCUCGUCCGGGAGGUCUGGAAUGGCUUACAGCCAUGGACAGGCGAUGGCCUCACCUCGAUGGAGACAAACGGCUCCAGAGGGGAGAUCUGGAAAACUGGGUCUUGGAAAGCAAGUACGCAGGCUGGAAGAGGAUGGUACCUGCUGGCUGGCAUCUAUUGGGCAAACAUUAUAGGGUUGCUCGUGCCAUGUCUCCUGCACACUUCGAAUAUCUAAGUUCGUUGCCCUUUAUACUCCGUUCUCCAGCUGGCCAUAUGGCCUUCGUCCACGCUGGUCUGUUACCUUCCCACCCGACGCUCCAGCCUUCCGACCCUAGACAACCUCUUUCCCAUUGGCCUACCGUGGAUGAUCAACAUGACAUUGCAAAGCUGCGUAAUCAACAGGAGCUUGCAGUUCUCACAGAUAUCCCCGAAAACAAAGAUCCAUGGACUGUGACGAACAUAAAAGGUGUCACGGAUGAAGGACAGGUGUCCGUCAAACCCAGAAUAGGAACUCCUUGGUCUCAAUUGUGGAACGAUGCAAUGUCGAAUUGUUCGGGUGAAGCAUACCAGUCAACCUUGCUUCCAUGUUACCCGUUCACUGUCGUCUACGGACAUGCCGCAGGCCGUGGUUUAGAUGCCAAGCGGUGGUCGAUUGGUCUGGACACUGGUUGUUCGUACGGCCAUCGGUUAUCAGCUAUUGUCCUCGACAGAAGCUCCUUCUCUCCUGCUAUACACCAAUCCGGAGACAGCUCUCACGUGCAAGCCCUUGAUUCGCUAGAGAUUGAUUUCGGAGACAAUGGACGAGCGCGCGUUGCUAGUGUAUUAUGUGCAUAAUUAUCUUGCCGAUUCUUCAUCUAACGAAGAAAAAAUUUAUAAUUUCA